CCAAUUUCAUUAUCUAUAAUAUCUAUGAUACCUUGUAAGUCUUGUCUAUUGGAUAUUUGAGUAUAUGGGCACACUAGCUAUUUAUUUAGUAUCUAAUAUCUGUCAAUCACGAAUCACAUAUUUUAGUUUCACAUAGUACCUACGUGUAAAUAGUCACUAUUAAAUAAUAUUCAUUAUUAAGAUGGCAGUUGAUUCAAAAUACGCUCAUUUAAGUGGAAUUGCUUACGACCAACCUGAUGUCUAUGAGACUUUUGAAAUGCCAGAAGAUGACCAACAACUUGAUUAUGCAGAAGAGGACAACGAAGAUAUUGAACGUAUCAAAUUGGUUCCAACCGAAGCUUAUAAACACUUUAAAGAUAAAGUUGUCAACUCAGACAAUAUAGACUUUUCUGAUAAAUUGGGCAGAUCUCUAAAAACUGGAUAUAAUUCAAACCAACUUUGGGAAUUAGCUGCACAAGGAGAAAAAGAAACUCCAUUACAAAAAUAUUAUAGAUUGAAAUUGGAAACUGAAGAAUUGGUUCAAGAAAUAAGUUCUUUGCAGGAAAAUAAAAAUGAUCUUGAUGAGCAAUCAUGUACUAACAUUGGGCCUCAAGUACAAGAUGUAAUGCUGAAAUUGUCAACAUUAAAUAUAGAAAAGUCUUUUGGACAACAAUUAGGACAAUUAGGAACAUCUGAUAUUGAUAAUUUACAAAAGUAUGUAGAAACUAUUACUGAAUUGCUAAAUAAGCGGCCAGGAAGUAGUAAUAAACCACAAGCAACUACAGAAAGUGUUUCUGAGGCAUUAAAUUUUCAAGCACUAAUAAGACCUAAUAAGGCACAACUUGAUCAAGUUUCUCAAAUUUCUCGAUUGGAAGAACGUUUGCGUAAAUUGGAAGCGACAAUUGGAACUGGUGCUUUAACACUGAAACGUUUAGGUGUUUGUGAGAGUGGUGGUUUGAUUGAAGCUGUUCGACUAUUAUUAGGACAGCUAUCUGUUCUUAAUUCAACUCAAUUAGAUGCAGUAGAUACUAGAGUCUCUAAUUUACUACCCAAACUUGAACAAACAGCAGCAAAAUUAGAUUCUCAAGAUCCUGAAAAAGAUAAAAAAAUAAAUGAACUUUAUGAGAUAAUUUUAAAAGCAACUCAAGAGUCACAUUUAUUACCAGAAGUCUUACAAAGAAUGGUAGCAUUAGAAUCAUUACACCAAAAAGUUGGAAAAUUAGUGAUGACAAUUAGCAACCUGAGUGCUCAGCAAACAGAAAAUGCUCAAAAUAUCGAAAAAAAUGAAGAGUUUCUUAAAACUAUAGAAUCUCACAUUAAUCAAAAUAUGGUUAAAAUGAAUUCUAAUUUGAAAUCUUUAUGCACACGAGUUGAAGCUGUUGCAGAAAAAUUAAAGCAAUCUGAAUCUGAAGCUUGAACUUAAAACUAAAUUUAGUUAAAUAUUUUCUAAAUAAAGUGUACAUCAGAAUAUACAUUUUAUAAUUUAAUAUAAUAAACAUUUUAUUUUUAAAAAUAUAAUUAUUUAACAUGUACAAAUUUGUAUGCUUUUUAAAAUUGUUAACUUGCUUAAUAAUAGACUAUAAAAUCAUUCUUAAUGCUACAAUGCCUAAAAUAAU